GGCUCUCCAGGGAAGUGAGGAAACACUUCUUAUCAGCCCUCCCAUUUCCUUCAGGUUGGGGAAACCCUCCUUUCUCUGGGGAACUUCCUCCAAGACCCCUCUAUAAAAUGUCACUGCGGGAUGGAGAGAAGGAGAGUCUGAGCUUUGUGAACUCCUCAGGAGCCAGGAAGACCUCUGGGCAAGUAAGCGCUCUCCCUGUCGUGGUGGAGCUGAUUUCGGAACAAAAGCCAAGAUGAAAGUCCCCCUACUUCUGGCUCUUCUAUUUGGGGCAGUUUCAGCUCUCCAUCUGAGUAAGGACUGUACCGUCUAACUCUGAUUCUUAGGAGAUGAGGCUGUGCCUCAGGAUGGGGAGAUGCCAGAAAAUGAGGCAAAGGAGGCCCCUACAGGGGAGCUGACGCUGCUGGAGGAAGAGGAGGAGGGGUACUCGGGAAGUGAAGAUGCCCCUGAGGAGGAGAGGGCUGUAGACUCUGCCUCAGCCCUGGAUGAGGAGGACGAGGACUUUCAGUGCCCUAAAGAAGAGGACACAGUGAAACUGGAGAACAGCCCUGGGUGCAAGAACUGUCACCGCUUCCUCGUAGUGAGGACGGCCAGGAGUUUUUUUCAAGCUCAGUUUACUUGCCGGAGGUGCUACCGGGGCAACCUCGUCUCCAUCCACAACUUCAACUUCAAUCGCCGGAUCCAGUGCUCAGUCAGCGGGCUCAACCAGGGCCAAGUCUGGAUCGGAGGCAGGAUCGGAGGCUGGGGACCCUGGAAACGCUUUCACUGGGUUGACGGCAGUUCCUGGAACUUUGGAAACUGGGCUGCUGGCCAGCCCCAGGCCAGGGGUGGCAGAUGUGUGGCCCUGUGUACCCAAGGAGGUCGCUGGCGUCGAACUCGCUGCUGCAGGCACCUCCCCUUCAUCUGUUCCUACUGAGCUGGACCCAGCCAGGAGUCCAGAGCCGCCCCCUCCGGGGUAGCUGCCUCCCCUCCCCUGCCUGCUGCCCCUGCUUCCAGCCCCCAGCAAUAAAA